UCACAUCCUAUAAAACAGACCUGGGCGGACUGAGAUCUCUGCAGAACCUGGACUACCCAUUCAGCCCAGCCCAGCCCAGCCAAGCCCAGCUCAGCUUAACCCAGCCUAGCAGCAGCCAGAGCCUCACCGCUGAGUGGAGAUCCACCCUGAGAAGCUUCUUUCAGCCCAGACACACAGAACCAUGGUGUUCCACAAGGAGUUCCAGACAGCGGGGAAGGAGCCUGGUCUGCAGGUGUGGAGAGUGGAGAAGAUGGACCUGAAGCCCGUUCCUAAACAGCUGUAUGGAAACUUCUACACCGGUGAUGCCUACAUCCUGCUCUACACCACUGCUGCCCCAUCCUACUCCAUCCACAUGUGGCUGGGGAAUGAGUGUUCUCAGGAUGAGAGCGGAGCUGCUGCUAUCUUUGCCACGCAGCUGGAUGACUUCCUGGGCGGUGGGCCAGUCCAGUUCCGCGAGGUCCAAAACAACGAGUCCCUCGCCUUCCUCGGCUACUUCAAAUCUGGCAUCAAGUAUAAGCAAGGUGGAGUAGCGUCUGGCUUCCAGCACGUGGUCACCAACGAUAUGAACGUGAAGCGUUUACUCCAUGUUAAGGGCCGCAGGGCAAUCCGGGCUACAGAAGUGCCACUGACAUGGGCCAGCUUUAACCGCGGAGACUGCUUCAUUAUCGACCUGGGCAAGGAUAUCUAUCAGUGGUGUGGCAGUGAGUGUAACCGGUUUGAGCGUCUGAAGGCGUCCCAGGUGGCCAUCGACAUCCGUGAUAAUGAGCGUAAUGGACGGGCCAGGCUACAGAUGGUGGAAGAUGGCUCUGAGCCACAGGCCAUCACUGAUGUUCUUGGGCCGAGACCUAACAUUCCUGCCGGACGUCCCGAUGACGAGGCUGUGGACAAGGCUAAUCGAAAGGGUAGUCUGUACAUGGUUUCUGAUGCUGCAGGCUCCAUGAGGGCAUCCCUGGUGGCUCAGAGCAGCCCCUUCAAGCAGGAGAUGCUCUCCCCCAGUGAGUGCUACAUCCUCGACAACGGCAUCGACAGCAAAAUCUUUGUGUGGAAAGGCCCAACUGCCAACGCAGCAGAACGCAAGGCAGCCAUGAAAGCAGCAGAGCAGUUUAUCAGAGAGAAGAACUAUCCCAAAAACACCCAGAUCCAGGUAAUGCCGGCUGGAGGAGAGACCACUCUGUUUAAGCAGUUCUUCAGUAACUGGAAGGAUAAGGAGCAGACCACCGGCCCAGGAAAAGCUUACAGCAUCGGCCGGAUCGCUCAGGUGCCGCAAAUCCCCUUUAAUGCCGCCAGCCUCCACUCCAACAAAGCCAUGGCUGCACAGCACGGCAUGGUGGAUGACGGAUCCGGUAAAGUUCAGGUGUGGCGUGUUGAGGGUGGGGAUAAGGUCCUUGUGGACUCCUCCACCCUUGGGCAGUUCUAUGGAGGAGACUGUUACCUGAUCCUCUAUAGCUACCACCAGGGAGGCAGAGAGCAGCACAUCAUCUACACCUGGCAGGGCCGGAAGUGCACCCAGGACGAGCUGGCUGCCUCAGCCUUUCUAACAGUUAAACUGGACGACUCCAUGGGAGGAUCUCCUGUCCAGGUGCGGGUCAGUCAAGGUCAGGAGCCGCCUCAUUUGAUGAGCCUCUUUAAGGGCAAGCCAAUGAUGAUCUUCUUGGGCGGAACUUCAAGGAAAGGUGGCCAGAGCAGGACGGGCAGCACACGUCUGUUCCACAUUCGCCAGAGCUCCACCCGUGCUACACGUGCUGUGGAGGUGGAUCCCACUGCUGCCAAUCUGAACACCAACGACGUGUUUGUGCUGAAGAGCCCUGACUCCAUGUUCCUGUGGAGAGGACAUGGUGCGACUGAGGAGGAGCUGGCUGCUGCCAAAUUCGUCUGCACCUUCCUGGGAGGCAGUGCCAGUGAGGUGAUCGAGGGCAAGGAGCCAGCUGCAUUCUGGUCCGCUCUUGGUGGAAAGAAGGAGUAUCAGACAUCCAGUAGCCUGCAGAAGACCGUGAAACCUCCUCGCCUGUUCGGCUGCUCCAACAAGACCGGGCGCCUCAUAGUGGAGGAGGUUCCAGGAGACUUCUCUCAGGCUGAUUUGGCCACUGAUGAUGUCAUGCUUCUGGAUACCUGGAGCCAGAUUUUCCUCUGGAUUGGAAAUGAGGCCAAUGAGGUGGAGAAGAGUGGAUCUGCUAAAAUAGCCAAAGACUAUGUGGACUCUGACCCGGCCGGCCGGCGUGGCACCCCCAUCACCACCAUCAAGCAGGGCUUCGAGCCACCCACCUUCACCGGCUGGUUCCAGGCCUGGGACUCCAAAAUGUGGGACACAGAUCCUCUGGAACGCAUCCGUGCUGGAUUCUAAACACACAAGAACAAACCUGCCCCCCCUACCCCUACCCCUACACACACACAACCCCCCCCACCCCACACACACACCUUCCUCUUGCAUGGCUUCCAGAAUACACCCAAGUGCUCCUUUCUUCCAAAGGCUGCCAAGAGCCUGGUACUGCCUGAGAGGGCAUAUAGAUGCACAGUAUAUAACAAUACUGGGCGUUAACCACUGUAUGCACUGUAUGUUUUGAUACCAGUAACAUUUUUUGGAAGAAGUAUAUUUGCUUUGCCUUACUUUUUAUAUACACUAGCUUUUAUACACAGUACAUCAGUACAUGUACCUACAUUUUUAAACUGG